AUGAGCGAGAAGAAGAGCAAGAUGUCCAGCAACGUGCUGAACAUGAAGUUCAUGAAACAAGCCGAGAUACGUGAAGAGGAGAGGCAGCGAGAGGAUAAGGAGAGUAGGCUCAAGGACCUGUCAGAGUGGAGGACCGCGUCUUCAGAGAGCCUGAAGAAGAGGCUUGUGUCGAAGAAUAGGCAGAACCCGCGGAUGGUGGGGUACCAAACGGUGUAUGAGAUCUCCAAUGUUGGCUCUCCGGUGGUUGGUAGACGAACAUUCAACACCGGUGAGAGGAAGACGAAGACGAAGAACCUGGAGGACGCAGCUGGUGGAGAGGGCCACAAUGAGCAAGGUGACGAGGAUAUGGUUGAGCUCGACACGCUGUGGAAGAAGGACACGUCAAAGACGAGAUCUAAAUCGAAAAGACCGUUGAGCGAUGAGAGCCCCAAGAAGGAAACAAAGAAACGUAGAUCGCAUCCAUAG